CCCUAGAUUACUAACCUUCGUCGAUUCGACGACGCGUCACCAAAAAAAUCGCGAUAACUUUUACGCGCGCGACCGUAUGGUUUUCUAAUUUCAGCUAAUCUCAACCGACCCGUUGCGCUUGCGAUGGACGGUAGUGUUUUUUGCGAGGAAGGCCCACACGUGCUGUUCUAGAAACCAUGGCUCGUCACAUCGACGAAGAUAAGAUUCAUUUUUUAUUAUUAGAAGUCAAAAGCAAUGAGGUAAAUUCAUCUGCGAGAGAGCCUGAAGACCACAUUAAGGCUGAUCCAGUGCAUGAAAUGGAGGAUGAUGAUGAAGUUUCUAUUGUAAAUGAAGAGCAAUUUCCAGAUCAAGAUUAUGAGGCAAGUAGUAAUACAUCUCCGCAACGUUCAAUUGAAGACGCGACACCUAGCACUUCAGCUGACCCUAGCGAUUUGAUUAUAAGACCAUCGCGUCCCAUUCUUCUUGGGAAAGAUAAACACAUAUGGUCAUCAGAACAGUCAAGGUCACAAAGCAGAAGACCUUCAAGGAACAUAGAUACAUAAGACG